AAAUUUAAAAAAUAAAAAAAUCUAUUAAAAAUACAACUUUUAAUUUUGCAAGUUUAAAGUAAUGUACAUUAAAUGUAGGCUGUGCAGCAGGAUCAUAAGGUUUGUUAUGAAAUACAGUGAAUUAACAUUGUUUUUAAAGUAAAAAUAUUUGUGAAGUUCACGUUCCAGCUGUUCCUUGCGUUGCCGUGACAACAUGACGUCACACCGGUUUCCUCCCACUCUGUCCAGUUUAGUUUCACUUUACUUGGACUGUGUGUCGCAGUUUGUUUCUUCAGGAUUGUCUCGUGUUUGCAGUUUGAAGUCUCUCCAGGUCCUCAGGUGAAAGCAGGAAGUCUCGGGGAGGUGAUGUGGAUGUGAAUUCAGCAGCAGCUGCCAAGCAGGUUGUGGUGUCUGUGUGAAGGUGUGAGCUCUGCUAUGGAUCCGCGUGAGGAGCCAGAGGAGGGAGUCCCAUCUUCUAAAAAAAUUCUUCUCUGUGGGAAACUUGACAGCCAGACCAAAGCUCAGGGGAACCGUCUGAGACAAGAACCUCCUGAACCUGAACCCAGCUUGGUGUCCUGUAAGAGUAACUGCUCAAAGGAUUACAUUCUUGAUUUUAAACAAAGAAUGGACGAGGAGAGCUUCGAGGUUCCAAGUGGUCAGUCCGCCCAGCAGCACCAAACAUCCCUGGACUCUGUAUUCACGCUGCUGGAGGAGAACAUCGUCACAUAUGUGAAGAACGAGCUGAAGAUGUUCCAGAAAGUUCUGAGGACAGAUUACUCAAAACGCUUAGAGAGUGAGAGGGAGGAUGAGGUGCUGGACGGGAAGGCUGAAGAGCAGUGGAGGAGCAGCAGAGAGGCAUUUCUGAAGAUCACACUGAACUUCCUGAGGAACAUGAAACAGGAGAAGCUGGCUGACUGUCUGCAGAGCAGAAGUCGUUCUGGAAUAUGCCAACGCAAUCUCAAAUCUAACCUGCAGAAGAAGUUCCGGUGUGUGUUUGAGGGGAUCGCUAAAGCAGGAAACCCAACCCUUCUGAAUCAGAUCUACACAGAGCUCUACAUCACAGAGGGAGGGACUGCAGAGGUCAAUGUGGAACAUGAGAUCAGACAAAUUGAAACAGCAUCCAAGAAACCAGUUAGACCUGAAACAACAAUCAGACAACAAGACAUCUUUAAAGCAUCAUCUGGAAGAGAUGAACCAAUCAGAACAGUGAUGACAAAGGGAGUGGCUGGCAUUGGGAAAACAGUCUUAACACAGAAGUUCACUCUGGACUGGGCUGAAGACAAAGCCAACCAGGACAUACAGUUGACAUUUCCAUUCACCUUCAGAGAGCUGAAUGUGCUGAAAGAGGAAAAGUACAGCUUGGUGGAACUUGUUCAUGACUUCUUCACUGAAACCAAAGAAGCAGGAAUCUGCAGGUUUGAAGAGUUCCAGGUUGUGUUCAUCUUUGACGGUCUGGAUGAGUGUCGGUUUCCUCUGGACUUCAGCAACACUAAAAUCCUGACUGAUGUUACAGAGUCCACCUCAGUGGAUGUGCUGCUGGUAAACCUCAUCAGGGGGAAACUGCUUCCCUCUGCUCGCCUCUGGAUAACCACACGACCUGCAGCAGCCAAUCAGAUCCCUCCUGAGUGUGUUGACAUGGUGACAGAGGUCAGAGGGUUCACUGACCCACAGAAGAAGGAGUACUUCAGGAAGAAAUUCAGAGAUGAGGAACAGGCCAGCAAAAUCAUCUCCCACAUUGAGACAUCCAGAAGCUUCCACAUCAUGUGCCACAUCCCAGUCUUCUGCUGGAUCACUGCUACAGUUCUGGAGGAUGUUUUUAAAAUCAGAAAGAGAGGAGACCUGCCCAAGACCCUGACUGAGAUGUACAUCCACUUCCUGGUGGUUCAGUCCAAACUGAAGAACAUCAAGUAUGAUGGAGGAUCUGAGACAGAUCCACACUGGAGUCAAAACAGCAGGAUGAUGUUUGAGUCUCUGGGAAAACUGGCUUUUGAGCAGCUGCAGAAAGGCAACCUGAUCUUCUAUGAAUCAGACCUGACAGAGUGUGGCAUCGAUAUCAGAGCAGCCUCGGUGUACUCAGGAGUGUUCACACAGAUCUUUAAAGAGGAGAGAGGACUGUACCAGGAAAGGGUGUUCUGCUUCAUCCAUCUGAGCGUGCAGGAGUUUCUGGCUGCUCUUCAUGUCCAUCUGACCUUCAUCAACUCUGGAGUCAAUCUGAUGGCAGAAGAACAAACAACCUCAUGGUCGAAAUUCCGUAAAGAUAGAAGGAAAUGUCUCCACCAGAGUGCUGUGGACAAGGCCUUACAGAGUCCAAAUGGACACCUUGAUUUGUUCCUUCGCUUCCUCUUGGGUCUUUCACUGCAGACCAAUCAGAAGCACCUACGAGACCUUGUGACACAGUCAGGAAGUAGCUUGGAGAACAGUCAGGAUAUAAUCCGGUACAUCAAGAAGAAGUUUGAGGAAAAUAUCUCUGCAGAGAAAUACAUCAAUCUGUUCCACUGUCUGAAUGAACUGAAGGAUUGUUCUCUGGUGAACGAGAUCCAGCAGUUCCUGGAAUCAGGAAGUCUCCGCACAGAUAAACUGUCUCCUGCUCAGUGGUCAGCUCUGGUCUUCAUCUUACAGUCAUCAGAAGAAGAUCUGGACGUGUUUGACCUGAAGAAAUACUGUGAUUCAGAGGAGGCUCUUCUGAGGCUGCUGCCAGUUGUGAAAACCUCCAACAAAGCUCUACUGAGUGGCUGUGACCUCUCAAAGAAAAGCUGUGAAGAUCUGUCCUCAAUCCUCAGCUCUCAGUCCUCUAAUCUGAGACACCUGGACCUGAGUAAUAACGACCUGCAGGAUACAGGAGUGGAGCUGCUAUCUGCUGGACUGGGGAGUCCACACUGUACACUUGAAACUCUCAGGCUGAAUAGCUGUAACCUCUUGGAGAGAACCUGUGAAGUUCUGUCCCCAGUUCUCCGCUCUCAGUCCUCCAGUCUGAGAGAGUUGGACCUGAGUAACAACGACCUGUGGGAUUCAGGAGUGAAGCAGCUGUCCACUGGACUGGGGAGUCGACACUGCACACUGGAAAUUCUCAGGCUGUCCGGCUGUCUGAUCACAGAGAAAGGCUGUGAUUAUCUGGCUACAGCUUUGAGCUCCACAUCCUCCCGUCUGAUAGAGCUGGACCUGAGUUACAAUCAUCCAGGACACUUGGGGGUGAAGAAGCUGUCUGCUGUACGGGAGGAUCCACGCUGGAGGAUGAAAACUCUGAGGUGGGAGCCCAGUGGAGUCCAGUGGUUGAAACCAGGUCUGAGGAAGUAUUCCUGUAAGCUCACCCUCGACGAAAACACAGUCAACAAAAACCUCAGAGUGUCUAAUGACAAGAGGAAGGUGUCUAAUGUGUUAGAGGCUGAGCCAUAUCUUGAUCAUCCAGAGAGAUUUGACUACUGGCCUCAGCUGCUGUGUAGAGAUGGUCUGACUGGUCGCUGUUACUGGGAGGUGGAGUGGAGAGGAGUGGUGGAUGUAUCGGUGACCUACAGAGGAAUCAGCAGGAGAGGAGACAAAUGUGACGGCUUGUUUGGAGGGAGUGAUCAGUCCUGGAGUCUGAGCUGCAUUGAUGGUGGUUAUUUUGUCUGUCACAACAACAAACAAACCUCCUCCUCCUCCUCCUCCUCCUCCUCCUCCUCCUCCUCCUCCUCCUCCUCCUCGGUCUCUGGUAGAGUAGCAGUGUAUGUGGACUGUCCUGCUGGCACUCUGUCCUUCUACAGAGUCUCCUCUGACACACUGAUCCACCUCCACACCUUCAACACCACAUUCACCGAACGUCUUUAUCCUGGGUUUGGGUUCAGGUCAGAUUCUCCUCAUUCCUCAGUGUCACUAAACCUGAGCCACAGUUUAAAAUAAUCUGCAAAAGAAAGUGCAAAUUAAUGUGCAUUCCCAUCCAAUAUCAUUAUAUAAAUGAGUUCAUUGGUUGAUGGAGACAAACAGCAGUUGGUGCUAAUUUUUCAAUCAGGUGCCUUUAAACCACCACAGAAGAAGACAAGACAAGAUGAGGUCAUUAAAAGAGCUCCAGUCACAGCUCAAUCCAGAUGUAAAGGUUACAGUCUAGUGUUGUCAUUUGCUGCAUCUCUCGUCUCUUCGGUGGAUGUUGAAGUCAUAUGUUGUUGUAGGUCAUGAUUUGUUUACUACGCACAUUGCAUUGUGUGAUAUUAUGUCCUUAUCAGUGCACCGACUAUUCUACAUCAGCCAAGCGUCAAAACAAUGUCACAAUUUCAUUUGCUGAAGGCAAAACCUGCCUCUCCCCUACAGGGCUGUAGGCUACACAGGAGUCUUUAAAUGUGUUUGUCUUGUUGUGUUAUUGGGAGCCAGAAUAGAAGGAGUCAUGGCUCAAAACCAGCCGCCACUGCCCGUCAACAAAAACAAUGACAACUAUGGUUAAAUGUGAUAAGACCAAAGGACUGGACGGAGGCCAUCAUCAAAAAUGCUCACAUGUGCAGCGCACACUUCAUAUCAGGUUAGGGGAAAAGUAUUUCCUGUUGUAGGGAUGAAUAAGGUUAUGUGUAUUAAGGGUUAUCAUGUCCACCUCAUCAGAAACUGGGGAGGGAUUAAGAGGAAUAUUGGAUUUCUCUGGAACGCUAACUUUUUAGCACAUUAGCUAACGUUAGCUUCCAUAGCAAAACAAACAAGUGUGGUCCUCCUUUGUAAGAUUGGCUUCCUGUGACAUCAUCCAUCCACUGAGUGAGAGCAUACGGGUCGGCCAGUCUGGUCCCGUUGGUCAGUGUUUACUUAUUCAAGUAACACUGGCGGUCCCGGAGAGUGAGUGACCUGACAUGGUGCGUUGGUAAAUUC